GGUAAACAUGCCGACUCACAUGGUAACUCGGCACGUGAAAGCAUGAGAGUGGAGUGCUGUAACUGUCGGUGUGCGUGUUGUUGGAAAGCAUGUAUAAGUUCAGCUGAAUGAACGAAUGUGGGCAGCACCAGCUCCUCGCAAGAAGAUUUGCCCGCUGGCAUCCCCAUCGCUAAUGCCUGGAUGGAAAGUGGCCUUUUACUCUAUCUGCCUAGCCAUUUUCCAGUUGUGAAGUUAACAGUUCACCAGGAAACGUGCUACGCCUUUAGAGUACUACAGAUAUAGCCAUGGCUGGACGAGGCAGAGGACGAGGCCAGUAUACUUUCAAUGUCGACGCCCUUGGCAUCAACAAAGGAGAGGCCCUGCCUCCGACCAUGAACAAGCCCUCUCCCUCUCCCCUGUUCCCUCCUAUGCAGUUCCAGCCAGUGCCUUUGCAGACGGGAGAGGCAGUGGAGUACAUGCUCGCCCUCAAGCAAGAGCUCAGAGCUUCUACAAAAAACCUUCCAUUUCACAUUGUUCCUGCUAAACCCAAGAAGGAUGUAGAGAGAUACACCGACAAGUACCAGACCUCGGAACCCAAGAAUAACACCAUUGAGUGGACCCCAGACUGGAGUCGGCUGCCAAAGGAACUUUGCAUCAAAGUUCGAGAGCCCCAAAAGGCCAAGGCACGCCCUCCGAUGAAGAGGAAGAUGAAGGUGGAAGUGGGGAAAGAAGAGAUUAUCGAAAAAUUAGAGACACUAGAAAAGAAAGAGGCGGAAGGGAAGUCUGACGAAGAGGAGGAAGACGGAGAAGGGAACAAAAAGAAGAAGAGUGAAGAAGAUGAGGAACCAGAAGAGGAGAAUGAUUAUGAUGACGAAGACAUUGAAGACGAAACUGAUUACAUCAUGUCCUACUUUGACAACGGAGAAGACUUCGGUGCCGACAGUGAUGACAAUAUGGACGAAGCCAUAUACUGAAGUCAAUCCUCAGUAAAUCCUCGCUCUCUGGGUUUUACCUGUAUACCUUUAACAUAAAGUAAACAACGAUUUUUUUACAAGGUGUUCUGACCAAUCAGAUUCAAGCGGACAGACAUGGCAGGACACUAUAACACCUUUCGUAAGGUGAGCUGCUAAAAUCCACCAUACUUGACUCUGGCGAGUAUGCCCAACUGCUAACACAUAAGCCAGCUUCACGUAUGGUAUGUUCAUUAUUUCUUCACACAGGAUGUUAGUGUGCCGUGGGACAUUUUGAGUGUCAAAAGUGUGCCGUGGCACAAAAAAGGUUGAAAAACACUGAGCUAGAGUAUAGUACGAUUUUCAAUUAGGAGAUAAUUCUUUGAAGCAGGCAUUGCUUAUUGUUCUUCUAGCACCAAAGCCAACUUGAGGUUGGGCCAGAACAGGAGUUUUAUUCUGAGAUAGCAUCUUGCAAAGUCAUGCAGGCUCACAUUGCAGAACUUAUUUUAUGUGCCUGUAUUUUUUUUUUUUUACAUUUUUAAAUGUAUUUUUUUAAAGAAUCUUUUACAAACCACUAAUAAUAUCAUUUCAUCUUUGUGAUUUCAGAUUGCUAUGACCGUGUAAGUGUAGGUUUCUCAUUGCCCUUCUGUGGGUCAUACCAGCAUGCUAUCCAUUUUCUCCCUAUGUUUAAAUAGUGAUAAACUGCUAACAUGGCUAAAAUGGUAGACUUGCCUUUGAGCGUGAAAAAACACUGGUCAUUGGUCAUGAGGAAGAUUAUGUGAAUUGUGUGGGGGGAAAAAAACCUUUUACAAUUGUUAUUUGUUCUGUCCUAAGUCAUGUCAUUGUUUCAAAAGGAAAUUAUACCAAUUCAUGUUUUAUGGCAGUAUCUGUUUUGUCAUAUAUCAUAAUAAGCAAUAGGUGGUGAUCUGUCUUUCAGCAUGUAGAAGCUGUACAAAUGACACAAAUGUGACUCUGUACUUUGCAUGAAAGUAUAGAAUAACAUAAAUAUGAAGUUAGUGAAAACAACAAUGCUAUUGGACAGUAAAAUGUACCAUUAAACUGUUCUCAGGCCUUAUUGUUAAAUGUCUGACAAUAACUUAUUUUGUGUAAAAUUGGCUACAUUUCAGUAUGCAGAGUUUGCUUUAUUAAAACCAUACAAGCAAUUGUA